AUGCGGGAGGAGAGGCGGAGGGCAGGGGAACUUCCUGUUCCGGCUCCCUCCUGGCGGGAGAGCGGCGCGGAGGGGCUCUCUGUGGUGUUCCCGGGGUUGGUCGGAGCAGCCGCGGCCGGAAGCUUUACUUGCAAGAGCUCCCUGGUGAUUCAUCGAAGGACCCACACUGGAGAGAAGCUAAAGCAGUGCUCUCAAUGUGGCAAAAGCUUUAGCAGGCACGCCAGCCUGGUGCAUCACAGGAGGACUCACACAGGAGAGAAACCGUAUGAGUGUCCGGAUUGUGGGAAGCGUUUCAGUCAGAAUUCCAGUCCAGUAAUACACCAGAGGACUCACACAGGAGACAAACUGUAUGAGUGUUUGGAUUGUGGGAAAAGUUUCAGUCGGAGCUUCGACAUGGUUAAACCCCGGAGGACUCACACAGGAGAGAAACCGUAUGAGUGUCUGGAUUGUGGGAAAAGUUUCAGUCAGAAUUCCCACCUGGUGAGACACCAGAGGACUCACACAGGAGAGAAACCGCAUGAGUGUCUGGAUUGUGGGAAGUGUUUCAGUCGGAAUUCCAACCUGGUGAUACACCAGAAGACUCACACAGGAGAGAAACCAUAUGAGUGCCUGGAUUGUGGGAAAAGUUUCAAUCAGAAUUCCCAGCUGGUGAUACACCAGAGGACUCUCACAGGAGAGAAACCAUAUGAGUGUCCAGAUUGUGGGAAAGAUUUCAGACUUAGGUCUAGCCUUAUAAAUCAUGUAGGUUUACACAUAGGAGAGAAACCGUUCAAAUGCCCAGACUGUGGACGGUGCUUCACAAACAAUUCCUCCCUCAGCAGACACAAGAAAAGGCACAUGAGGCAGAAGGUGAGGAAUGUAGAGGAGCUGGUGGUGCACCAGAGGACUCACAGAGAAGAAGGACCGUAUGAGUCUUUAGAUUGUGGGGAAAGUUUCAGUCUGAAUUCCCACCUGGUGAUACACCAGAGGACUCACACGGAAGAGAAACCGCAUGAGUGUCUGGAUUGCCUGGCUGGCUACGUCAGCCAUUUGGCAAUGCAGGUGUCAAAGACGGUGCGGUUGGAGUGCCAGUUCGUGUUCUGGAGACCCAGGAUCCACUCCCCCUUCAGCUACGAAAGCUCGCUCAGCGCCUCAGGGCCAGUCAACCGGAUGGCUGUUGGGAAAAAUGGGAGGGAGCUGGGAAAGCUCUUCAAGGGGGACAGUUUCCAAAUUCAGAGAAAGAGAGAACGAUGUGGGAGAAGCAGAGAUUGUAGAUCCCGGCUGAUUAUUCAGGAGAGAAUCCACACCAGAGAAAAGCCAUACAAAUGCUGCAAAUGUGGCAAAAGCUUUACUUGCAAGAGCUCCCUGGUGAUUCAUCGAAGGACCCACACUGGAGAGAAGCUAAAGCAGUGCUCUCAAUGUGGCAAAAGCUUCAGCAGGCACGCCAGCCUGGUGCAUCACAGGAGGACUCACACAGGAGAGAAACCGCAUCAGUGUCUGGAUUGUGGGAAAAGUUUCAGUCUGAAUUCCAACCUGGUGAGACACCAGAGGACUCACACAGGAGAGAAACCAUAUGAGUGUCCGGAUUGUGGGAAGCGUUUCAGUCAGAAUUCCGACCUGGUGAAACACGAGAGGACUCACACAGGAGACAAACCGUAUGAGUGUCCGGAUUGUGGGAAAAGUUUCAGUCUGAAUUCCAACCUGGUGAUACACCAGAGGACUCACAGAGGAGAGAAACCAUAUGAGUGUCCGGAUUGUGGGAAGCGUUUCAGUCAGAAUUCCGACCUGGUGAAACACCAGAGGACUCACACAGGAGAAAAACCAUAUGAGUGUCUGGAUUGUGGGAAAAGUUUCAGUCUGAAUUCCAACCUGGUGAUACACCAGAGGACUCACACAGGAGAGAAACCGUAUGAGUGUCCAGAUUGUGGGAAAACUUUCAGUCAGAAUUCCAGUCUAGUAAUACACCACAGGACUCACACAGGAGAGAAACCGUAUGAGUGUUUGGAUUGUGGGAAAAGUUUCAGUCGGAGCUUCGACAUGGUUAAACACCGGAGGACUCACACAGGAGAGAAACCGUAUGAGUGUCCGGAUUGUGGGAAAAGUUUCAGUCAGAGUUUCGACAUGGUGAGACACCAGAGGACUCACACAGGAGAGAAACCAUAUGAGUGUCUGGAUUGUGGGAAAAGUUUCAGUCAGAAUUCCCACCUGGUGAGACACCACAGGACUCACACAGGAGAGAAACCGCAUGAGUGUCUGGAUUGUGGGAAGUGUUUCAGUCGGAAUUCCCACCUGGUGAUACACCAGAGGACUCACACAGGAGAGAAACCAUAUGAGUGUCUGGAUUGUGGGAAAAGUUUCAGUCAGAAUUCCCAGCUGGUGAUACACCAGAGGACUCUCACAGGAGAGAAACCAUAUGAGUGUCCAGAUUGUGGGAAAGAUUUCAGACUUAGGUCUAGCCUGAUAAAUCAUGUAGGUUUACACAUAGGAGAGAAACCGUUCAAAUGCCCAGACUGUGGACGGUGCUUCACAAACAAUUCCUCCCUCAGCAGACACAAGAAAGGGCACAUGAGGCAGAAGGUGAGGAAUGUAGAGAAGGCUUGAAUUUCACAUCUCAUCUACCUUUGGGCAUCCCCCUGAAAAGGUAAGUAUUUGAUUUCUGGCCUGAUUCUUUGUAGUCAAAUAUGUCUCAGUAUUAGAGAUGAGGGG